AUGCAAAAUCUUAUGUAUAGAAUUUGUUCCUCUCUCCAGUUUACAUUACUUACUUUGGACUUUUUGCUUAAUUUCAGAUACAUAUAUCUCCUAGUUGGAGGAGUGAUUUUAGCAUGUACUUCAGUGGGUCCUUAUGCAGCAUUACUGCUCAUCCCUGCCCUGGGCUCUGGAGUGCUGUGUUACACUGUACACUACCAUGCGGUUCACAGGUGGGCUUUUCUGCUGCAGAUGGGGUGGCAGACCUGCUGUCAUCUAUGGAUAAUGUAUAAGCAGUACUACCUGCAGGAAAUCAUGACUAUAAAGUUUUCCAUCAUGAUUUCAUCCCUUAUGCUACUAACUCAAAAAGUCACAUCUCUAGCUAUGGAUCUCCAUGAAAGAAAAGUGACGUUAAUAGCAGAGGAUUGCAUCAAGGAGAAAGGUUUCCAUGAUAAGCCCGUAUACGGUAUACUAUCUCUCCUUUCCUACCUUAUGUCCUUUCCGGCAUUGUUGGGUGGACCACUUUGUUCAUUUGUGGAGUUCCAGCAUCAGGUCGCAAACUCUCAUAGGUGUAGCAAUAUGUGGCAAGCUUGGGUGGCAAUUAGAGGCUGCACAUUAUUUCUGUUGUGUCAGAUCGUCCAUGGUUUCCUGUCUGAGAAGAUAGACUUUCAGUGUGAUCUCAUGGACUGCAGGCAGCUACACUGUGUGUAUGUAAUGUGGACCACAGCACUGUUAUAUAAACUGACUUACUACUCCCACUGGAUCCUGGAUGAAGCCCUAUUUCUCUCUGCAGGCUUUUCAGUAGUUAUGGAUUCUGAUAUCAACAUCUAUACCUUGGAGACAACCAACAAAAUCUCAGUGUUUGCCAGGACAUGGAAUAAAAGUACAGCAAAGUGGCUUAGAAGACUCAUAUUCCAAAACUGCAGGAAGAGCCCCCUAUUCGCUACAUUCGCCUUCUCAGCUUGGUGGCACGGACUGUACCCUGGACAAAUAUUUGGCUUCUUGUGCUGGGCUGUAAUGGUGGAAGCUGAUUACAGGAUACACAUGAAUAUAGGCACUAAUUCAACAUCAUGGUACAUCAUCGUUUUUCACAAAGCAAUUACUUGGAUUCUAACCCAGUUAAUUAUUGCAUUUAUCAUGUUAGCUAUUGAAAUGAGAAGCGUAACAAUGAUAUAUGCGCUCUGCUUUUCUUACAAUAGUUUAUUUCCUAUUAUAUAUUGCAUGUCAUUGAUAUUCUUUAUAAAACGAAAGCGAUAA